AUGGGAAGAAUGAGAUUGUGGAAUUUCUUCAAGUCAGUAUCAGAGAAGGCUCCAGGUGACUAUGAUCCUGGACGUAGCGGCCGGGUGGGCUUGUUCGCCAUCGUUGCGCUGCAGCACGCCCUUUUGUGGAGCUCGCUAUAUGUCCUGGGAAGCGAAACGUACCUGCUCAUCGAGCACGAUAUCGGAGGCGAUGUCCUGGUCUCUGCGAUGAUGCUGUUCGUGGCCGGUGGCAGCUCCUUGGUAUAUCUAACGCUACAAAACGCGGCUGCGAUGUUGUUCGUGCAGAGGUCGGACGUCCACGUUCAACCGAACAAGAAGCGUGCAAUGCAGUGGCUUGCACUCAUAUCAAUUCGACUUAGUGUCACAGCCUGGCUCGCUGCUUGCGGCCUCAAUGUUACCUCCACAUUCGCUCGGCAGCCAUACUGCUCGCGGAUUGGGAACCGUACAGAUUCCGGCGGGUUCAUCAACACAAGCGUCGCCUGCAUUGUUCAGCGCACCGAUGUCGGUGCGAGCUCGGUUUGCUUGUACAGGCUCGCGGCAAUCCUGCUCUUCAUCCUCUUACACAAGAUCACGGAGACGUUUCGCGCCCGUCUCUUCGGCAUCGUGGAACAUCCGGCAGAUAUUCCUCCGACACUCCCAUGUUACGCCGUCCCCGGGCGAGCGAAAGCCUUGGAUAUGUCGUUCAACUGCCGAUCAUUGAGUUCACUUUCCUCGCACACUCUCGUCGCAUCGCCAAGCGAUUCGACAGCACAGCUCCUCCCAGCAUGCCCAGGGAAAGCUGUCAUUGGCCUAGGCAUCGUCUACGGCCCACCGACACGGAAACAAUCAGCGCCAUCCCUCCUCAUGCCGAGACCUUCACUGUCUUCCAUACGCACUCACACCACAAUGGCGACCCUCCCACCUCGGUCACCGUUACUACCGCUGCCUGCAUAUUUCCCAAACAAGUACCGCAGACUCAGCGCCAUACCGCAGGCCAUUCACUCACCACGCAUUCACAAGCUACCUAAGCUGGACAGAUCAAGAAGCUACAAGGCGGUCAAAAUGAUCCCACCGUCGCCUAUCCUUUGCGCGCGGAAUUUGGCGGCGUUCAAUAGAAGCACGGAGUCACUGUCAAGCGUCUACAGUCGGAGCGUCAGUGGCGAGAAGCGUUCUUCCGUUCCUGGUGUAUCUCUGGGUGAAGCCAGUCGCAGUUAUAGCUCGACUACCUGUACGAUUGUGGUCAGAAGUCCGCUUGGGACAAUGCGCAUGGAGAAUGAUCCAGACGUGGCCGCGGUGCUGGAAUGGGACAUCAAAGGCCUCACCAUUCAAUGA